AUGAUCGAUAUCAGAUUUCGAGUUCACGCAACUUCUGUAUUACAUCGUCAUCGUCAUCGUAAAAUAAGAAGAUCAUCAGACAUCAACACGGACAAUAAACCAAAAGAACAAGUCGGUGAAAACUUCAAACAACCAAUAUCGAACGAUUUAUCAUGUACCAAAUAUCCAUCAUCAAAUUCAAGAAGUACAUAUGAACAUUCAACGCCAGCUUUCGUUCCGCUUUCCGCAUCAAUUCAAUCUGCGCCUCCUUCACCCCCACAUUUUACAACCCCAUCAAGGAUAGUUCCAACAAAUUACGGAAGUGAGAUUAAAUUGAAAUUGAUGACCAGGGAAGAUAAAGUUUUACGCUUUUCAAGCAUAAGAGAACAAUACAUGAAAUAUCGACCAACGAUAAGCUCAAGACUUAAUCCUAUUCGUCGAUGUGAACUAGGUCUGCGAAGUUCGGUUGGGGUACUUUCCCCUCGUUAUCUUUCAGACGUAAAAAUGGAUACCGGAUAUAAUGAAGAUGUAUGA